CUCAGCAGGGUUUAUAACUGUGUGCAGGUCACUGAACAGUCACCACAGAAGGUGGACCACAGAUUACAGCAGAUCCAGGAAGGAGUUUGUUGUUUUUCUAGUUACUGCAGUGGUUCUUAAAGACACCAACAUGAAUACUGAAAGUUUGCUUGAAGUUGCAACCCUUGGAAGACAACUUCAUUUGGGGAUGUUGUACGACUGCCACAACGACUCCUUCAUUCCAGGGGUCUACCUGUGGGACAUGGACAACAUACAGAAGAACACGAUAGUGAGGCAGAGCCCAAAAACAUCUUUCAACAUUCAUCUCACUGACUCUCUGGAAGAAAAAUCAAAAAUAUUACAAAUAAGUGCGUCUCUUAGUGCCAGUUUUCUCGCAGGGUUAGUAACGGUGGAGGCUUCAGCCAGUUAUUUGAACAACAGAUCGUCUUCUUUGCACGAGUGCAGAGUGACUGCCCAGUACAGUGUGAAGACCAAGACUGAGCACCUUAACAUGAACCAAAUGGGAGGCAUCACCUACAAAGACAUUGAAGACCCAGAUUUUAGUGCCACUCAUGUCGUUAUUCAGGUAGAAUACGGUGCAGAAGCGCUGAUGGUGUUCAGUGAAACAGCAUCAGAUGAGCAAAAAAAACAAGACAUUCAAGUGAGCAUGAAACUCAUGGUGAAGAAUAUUGGCUUGUUUGGUAUCAGUGCUGAGGGAAAGGUUCAAAUGACUGAUGAAGAGAGGAAGAAGGUGCAGAACUUCACCUGCACCUUCCAUGGUGAUUUUGCAUUGGAGGAGAACCCAACCAACUUUGAAGAGGCAGUAAAAGUCUACAAAAGUCUCCCCAAACUGCUCGGGCCAAAUAAGGAGAAUGUGGUGCCCAAGAAAGUCUGGCUCGUCCCACUAACAGAACUUGUGCCUUCGGCUCCAGAGAUCAAGCACGAGGUCAGCAAAAUGAACUGCAUUAAGUUACGGAAUAUAAUGGAGCAGCUGAACACUGCGAAAAUGAGAGCAAAUGACAUGUCUAAAGAGAGUGACUCCAUUCGGGCCACUGACAUCACUAAGAAGAUGAAAGAUUUUGGAGAAAACCUUCAGAAAUACAUGCUUGUGUGGAAAGACAACCUCUUCAAACUCCUCCCUGAAAUCAGGAAGGGAGUAGAGAAGGAAGAAAGGCUGGAGAAGAUGUUCAGUCUUCAUGCAGAAUCAUCCUUUGGGCCCAGCAAAAUUGACCCCUGGCUGAAAGAAAGAGAGACUGAACUCAGCAUCGUCAAAUCGUACAUUAAUGAUAUUAAGUCACGGCAGCCAGAUGUUCAGAUCGUAGCUCGUGAAGACUUCGACAAAGUGCUGUUUGAUCCUACUAAAACAUGGGUAGAGGUGUUUGGGUUCAACUCUCUUGGAGAAGAUGACCCUUACCUGGACUCCCUCAGGUUUUGCCUGGACUCGGAGAAGUUCACUACAUUGGAAUGUUUACCCUCUGAUCUGAAAACGUUGGUCAAAGACAAAACUCCUUGGUACAGAUCUCCUGAAGUCUCACAGACCAUGAGAGAUUCUCUUGAUAAGUUUUCUGCAUUUGCCAUGUGUUUGUCGUUAUCUCACAUCGUCAGCUACUUCCACUAUCCUUAUCAUGCAGGUGCUUCUGUGAGAGGAUAUUCAAAAGGGAAAUUGCUCUACGUAAACAUCCUAAACACAUCAGAGCCAGAGGUGGUAGACAUCAGUGCAAACACUAUAACUAUGAGACAUUUAGGAGAUCCUUUUUCUGCAAAAGUUUCAUACAAGAAAGUGGGUGAUGGAGAAGAGGCACAGAAGCAGGUGACCUGGCCAGUUAACCAAGAAAUCCUGGUGAUCUCUGGCCUGCUGCCCAACACCGAGUAUGAACUUGAGGUUUUUAGUGUCUUGAUGUUUCUACAGCUCCAAGUUCUGAAGCCAUUCACAUUUGUGACCAAACCAAACCGAACCAUCGGCUCCCCAAGACAAAGAGACACAACAGCUCCUUAUUGAAGAUGUAAAGAUUCUUGUUUUACGCCACCUGCUGUUCCCUUUAAAAUGAAGGAUGUCAAAUUUGUUUUCACUGCUACACUAAAUCUGCACAGUAUAUAGAGGUUAAAGACUAAUCUAAUGAACCAAAUACAGACAUGCAGUUUCAGGUAUACAGUGACGUCUCUGCUGUGUUGAAAGAGAACUGAGUCCUGUCUGUCUAAGAUUCACUGUGUUAUACAUCUGUUCUUCUUCGUUAUGUGUGUCUAUUGAUUAACUGAGAUUAUCUUGUACUGUAUCCACACCUACUGAUUAGCUGAGAUUAGUUUAUACUGUAUACACACAUCUAUUGAUUAGCUUAGAUUAGUUUAUACUGUACACCCAUAUGUAUUGAUUAGCUGAGAUUAGUUUAUACUGUAUACACGCAUCUACUGAUUAGCUUAGAUUGGCUUAUACUGUAUACACAUCUAUUGAUUAUCUGAGAUUAGCUUGUACUGUAUGCGCAUAUGUAUUGA